GCACUUGCGGGGUACAUGGGUUCGGCCGCCGUUGGCCUCUUGGGCGCUCGGCUUAUCGUUAGCAGGGAAGCCCAGUGCAGGCUUCUAGAAACGGAAGGUGGAAUUUGCCGUCACCGACCACACUGCCAAUUUUUCAGCUCCAGGUCCCGUUCCCCCCAGGACACAGCAGAAUCGACAAUCUCAACGACAGCCUUUCCCUCAGGUUUCCGUCUAAUAACCCUCACUGAACAAUAUCACGAGCAGUGUGUUAUUUUUGUUAUCUGCUCUUGGACUGAGAUCUGUGCCGCCCUCCACUUGACGUCAACCGCGGACCAGGUAAAGCCUCCGGUGGCAUCGCGGUGGCCACUUUUCGAGAUGGGUUUUUGAUAAGAUACACCGAUGGCGCGCCUGAUUGAGAAGGUGGCAUUCGACGUCAAGGUGCAGUCGGGCUCCUGCGUGUGUUUCUUGGCUUCAGUUUUGGUCGACCGAUCAGCGAACUUGCGGCGGCAUCUCAACGGCGACUGGCCAGCAGCCGGUGGCUUUCUCGUCGACCUUGCCCCUCGCCCGUGCCGUUCUCACCCAUCCGUGCUGCUCAUUGGCCAAUUCACUGUAUGUGGGAUAGGGAUUCCCGAUUCUCAACAAGCACUUUCAUCCAUGUGUGCCUACCUCCCUUGUAGGGAAAACUCGACCGACACUUGUCCCGGCACCAGUGCCUUAAUCAUUGGCCCUAGUCACUUGGCCACCUUCACCUUUCCCGCUGGUGGUUGAAGGUCGAGAUCCGCCACGGCCUUCCAUGUUUCCAUCGCCGCGGUUCCUCCAUCCUGGGCGCACAGCGUCUGGCCCGCCGGAAGUAACACCGAAAAGACUCUCACUACUCUAUCUCUACCUACCACCCUACCUGCCUACAUACACCACACAGCACAUACACACAGGCCGCAUGCCACAUGCUACAUGCAACAUGCUACAUGCCACCUCUCGCCUGUGCCUGCUUGUGGUUCGUCGGUUCCCUGCGUUGCCUCUUGUUCGCUCCGGCUUCUCCACCGACUGCUCUUCCUGGUAAUCUUUUGUCCCUUAAACCUGGUUCCCAUGGAGAGACGAGGUCACCGGGAUGUCUCGUCAGGUCUCCUCACUGUGCAAUUCGCUGAUUUCAGUCCCCUCCUACCUGGUAUCUCCCGCCUUAUCGCCUUAUCUAGGGUUACGCUUUUCACAAGCACCACAGGCUCACGAGCCAGCCCGGCCAUUUAAAGUUCUACCGUCGCCCCGCGGCGCCUGCACCUCUGGACUUGAUUGACCAGGCCAGUGUCUGAUUUGGUUCCUCGCUCGCUCGCCGGCCGCUGUCCUUUUCGCGUUCAGUUCACCGUUCCACGAACCACCUUGUUGGUAGCGGACGUCGAGACAAGAGCUUGAGCUCUCAUAUCAGGUCCAGUCCUCCAGGCCUCCAUCCCUUCCCCGCCGUCCCUACCCUGUCCCUCAGAUUCUUCUCUCUUGCCAUGGCGACCAACGACAACAUCGAGCCCAGUGCUCCUCCCUACUCGGCCCAGCCCACUGCCCUUCAGCAGCAGUCUAGCUCCAGCACCGACAUUGGAUACCCAGACGAAAAGAACGCCUCGGCUCCCGUUCAGUAUGCUGUCGACCCCGAGAAGCAGAGCACCCAGGCUGGCUCCCUUCGCGGCGACGGGAGAAGUUCGCUACCUACCGUCAUCUUGCGGCUUGUGGAGAGGUUUUUCUGGAAGGUCGUCCAGGUAGCUCUGUUUAUCGUCUUCAGCGUAUGGUGGAUUUAUGGUCUCGUCAAGUACCGACACACCGACGGCAAGGGAUGGUUGAUUCCCUCCUUGAUCUACAUCGCCAUCUGUCUUCGCAUCUUCUUCAACUUUGUUCCAUCGUCUCUGGUCAUGCGCCCUGUGCGCACCGUCUGGAAGCACACGGCUGUCCGGGUGUACGAUCGAGUGCCUACUCACCUCCACCACAUUCUUGCCGCCCUGAUCGCCGUCGCCGUCUUCUUGAUCGGCACCUUUGUGCCUGAAGAGACCGGUGACAACACCCGCGCCAACCGGGCCAUCUCCGUCUUCGGUCUCAUGGUUAUGCUUGGUCUCCUGACGCUUACGUCGCGAAACUGGAAGCUCAUCCCCUGGCGUACCGUCAUUGGUGGCAUGCUGUCCCAGUACAUCAUUGCCAUCUUCGUCCUUCGCACAAAGGCGGGCUACGACAUCUUCAAGUUCAUCUCGGACAUGGCUCGUGCCCUGCUCGGCUUCGCCAAGGACGGUUUGAUCUUCUUGACGGAUGAGGAUCUGGCCAACAGCAACUGGUUCUUGACCGGUGUCAUUCCCGCCAUCAUCUUCUUCAUCGCCCUCGUCCAGAUGUUGUACCACGUCGGCUUCCUCGCCUGGUUCAUCCAGAAGUUUGCCGUCUUCUUCUUCUGGAGUUUGAGAGUGUCUGGCGCCGAAGCCAUCGUCGCGUCCGCCACCCCCUUUAUUGGCCAGGGUGAAUCGGCCGUCUUGAUUCGUCCCUUCAUGGACCAUCUCACCAAGGCCGAAAUCCACCAGAUCAUGACUUGCGGUUUUGCGACCAUUGCUGGUUCCGUCUUGGUGGCCUACAUUGGCAUGGGUCUCAACCCCCAGGCUCUCGUGUCGUCUUGCAUCAUGUCCAUUCCUGCCACCCUCGCCGUGUCCAAGAUGCGCUGGCCCGAGACGGAGGAGCCCAUCACCAUGGGCAAGGUCGAGGUGCCCAAGAACGAGGAAGAUGAGGAGACUGUCAACGCUCUUCACGCCUUCACCAACGGCUCGUGGCUCGGUCUCAAGAUUGGUGCCACCAUUGUGGCCUGCCUCUUGACCACGAUUGCCUUCGUUGCCUUGAUCAAUGGUCUCCUCAAGUGGUGGGGCAGCUACUGGGGCAUGGUGACUGACCCUCUCCUCGUCGACGAGAACAACAAGAUCCUGUCCAUCCAGCUCAUUCUCUCCUACUGCCUUUAUCCCGUCGCUUGGUUGCUGGGUGUGCCCAAGCAGGAUCUUCUUUCGGUGGCUGAGCUCAUUGGCACCAAGGUGGUCAUCAACGAGUUCAAGGCUUUUGCCGAUCUCGUCGACCCCAAGCAGAAGUUCGUCGAUAUGCUUCCCCGUUCCAAGCUUAUCGCUACCUAUGCCUGCUGCGGUUUCGGAAACAUUGGUUCCCUCGGCAUUCAGAUUGGUGUUCUUUCCACCAUUUCCCCCAAGCGGUCCGGUGAUGUCGUCAAGGUGUCCAUCUCGGCCUUCCUCUGCGGUGUUCUGUGCACCUUGACAUCCGCCAGCAUUGCCGGCAUGCUCUACAACGAUGGCAUGAUUGAUAUGUCGUAA